UACAUCCCUUGAAAGCGGAAAUUUUAAAAACAAUAAACGCAAAAUUUUGUUUUAAUUGUCUCAGUUAACUACACAGUCUGCAGGCCUAUUUUUGAAAGGGGAUAAGUUGAAACAUAGGAUUCUGAAACCCAUAUAUUAAGAAGUUUUUAUUCUUAGGAAUUGUGACAAAAAGCUUUGACGGUAAUAACACCUUUCGGACCACAGACAUUUCGUACAAGACAAAAUUAUUCGACACAUUGACUAGUACUGAAACUUUGGAGACAAUUUUCUAACGUCAGGCAGUUGAAGAUGGAUGAACAUUCAGAUAAAAUGAAAGCAUUAGAAGAGGAGCUGAAAGAUCAGCAAAACAAAGUGAUCCAGGCUGCAGAAUUUGGGAAAAUGCUUUUGGAGCAUAAUGAAGAGUUGCAGAAUAAGAUGGAUGAAAUCAGAAAGACAACUGACAAGAAAUUAGAGCUGUUAGAACAAGAACGGUACACAAUACAGGUGAAGUUAGAACAGAAAGCUAGCAUGGAGGCCUGGUAUAAUGAGGAAAUAUCCCAUCUUAAACAACAGCUAGCAGACAGACAGAGCAAUCUUAGAGCAACGUUAGAGGCUGAUAAACUACAGGAAGUCAGCAGGCUCAAUAGACAAAUUGAUGACCUACGUGCAGACCUGGAUCAAGCUUCUGUUGUAGAAGGCCAGUUAAAGCAGAAGACAUCUGAGAUGGAAGAUUUACUCAAAGAGAGGCUGAACCAAACAGAGUCUGACAUUGGGUCAAGGACAUUUAGUUCAUCAGAAGAAGUCAGUGUCCUGCAUGAGGAGGUCGAAAACCUUCAGUUUGAAGUGACCAAUUUGAAGUCACAACUGAUUGAGAAGAAGUCCGAGUUAAAUGGUGCUGUGUCGGAAAUAGAGAACCUACGAGGAAGACUUGUAGCUCGCGAUGAGGAACUAGAAGACAUAAAAUGUCAAUUCACUUCUGUGAACAAUAUGCUCGAGGAAGUGAGAAUGGAGAAAUUGGACUUAAAUUGUCAAUUGGAUGCACUGCGUAUGGAGACAAGCUCUCAUAGGAAAAAAGGCAAUUCUCUUUUCUCUGAGCUUGAUGACAGACGUGUGGAGGCAGAAAACAAACUUAUUUCUUUAACAGUAGCCAAUCAAACUCUGCAAGAGAAAUACAGCGUAGAAAAACAACAAAACAAUAAAUAUAAGAGACAGAUAUCUCAGUUACUGCUACAGAUGAGCUCUGGUAGAGUAGAUAGUGAAUAUGUAACUAACCUAGAAGCCAAGCUGGCCCAGGCUAGAACUGAACUGAAGACAUUGAUGGAGGAAAAAUCACAACUCCUACAGAGACAGGAAAGUGAGGUAAAAGUUGUCUCAGAACUAGGUCAAGGUGAAACAGAGGAUGAAGACUAUAAGCAAUACCUUGUUACUGUCAUUAAAGGAAAGGAGCAAGAAUUACAGAAGACUAAGCAGGAGCUGAACCACAAGAAUCUACAGUUGCUGGACUUGAAAAGUCGAACAUCAGGUCAGGAUGCGAAGAUUGUACAGCUUGAGGCAGAGAAAGACAAGUUGCGUAGUCACAACAUGAAGCUGUCUGUCAAACUGGAGGAGUUAAGAUUGAAAUAUGAUCCAGAUUCAGUGAAAAAGUCUGGAGCUUUAGUUGUAAAAAGAACUGAAAAAAUUCCGUUAGAUGAACAGGAGGAAAUAAACAUCACAGAAACCACUCUUAAUGAAACAGCCUUCAACCAAUCUCAGAUGAGUUUACAUCCCGCUCAUGAAAAAAACUCGCAACCAUUGGCUGUAAAAGUUGACGACAACCAAAAACAAUUACCAGUCACUAAAAAAUCAGCAUUGUCCAAGUGUAUUAAAACAAAAUCAGUGUCGAUAUCUGACGAUGUCGAAGAACAUGAGAUUGAAAAAGAUAGUGACAUAGGAUCAGAAAACAAGCCCGACACUAAACAGAAGGGCAGAAAACUUACGGCAGUGAAACAUAUCUCUAAUGUCAAACCAACGAUGGAUGUGAAUGAAUGUAAAAGCCAGUGAACAUAUACAUUUAGGGGCAAGAUCUGAAUCAAAUAGAAUGUAAAUACAUUUCGGAAAUAACUGGAAUAACAGAGUUCUUUUAAUUUCUGUACAUGUAGUUUGUUAAUUUUUUAUCUAGAAUACUUGUUAUUUGUCCUGGGAUUUGUAAUGACCAGGAAAAAAAAGAAAGUAAUGUUUAUGGACGUUAGUUUAGACUGCAUCUACAUAGUAAAAACUGGUUUAUCUCUGAUUUAUCUUUAUCAAUCUUUGUCAUAUUUUCCAGUUACUUACACCUUAAUCAUUUGUUCAUUCUUUUCCCAUUAAUGUCGGUUGGGGUGUCCAUGGCCGAGUGAUUAAGGUUGUUGACCUCAAACCACUUGCCCUUCACUGCUGUGGGUUAAAAUCCUGCCAGGGUUUUUGGAUUAUUUCAGUUGGUUCACAAUAAUGCAUGGAGGGGCACCUGAGGUCUUCAUACACCAGUAAAGUUGCCUUAUGACCUCUACUGUGUUGCUGUGACAUAAAACUCAACCCAUCAUUAAUGUCAAAGCUUGUUUUGGGGACAGUAAACAUUAGGCCUCAUUUCAACAUUUAUUGUGCUGAUGUUUCGAGCAAUAAUCAACCUUACACAUGUGCUAGUAAACAAAGUUUUAACUUUUUGUUUACUAGUGCUAAGGUAUUCAUACAAUAUUAUGCAUACACCUUUUUCUCUUUGUAUCUUCUCUGUUACUUCUUGCAAUAUUUAUAGAUGUUGUCUCAAUAUUUAAUGAUUUAUCUGUUAAAAAAGAGUGCUGUCACUAACUUUGAUUAAUCUUCAACAGCUUAUACAAA